CAACUCGCCAGAACAACUCGCCGCCCCCGUCGUAAAACUCGUGCACUUGCGUCGAAGCCCAAACCCUCUUUAAUUCCCUUCUUUUUUUUCCCCUGUCGCCACUCCCCCCUUACCUUGGAGAGAAAACAGGCACCCACCGAGCCCAGCCGGCCCCAACCACCCCGACCAAACCGCCACACGCACCCCCGGCGAUCUCCAGUCCAUGGCUGGCGGCGGCGGUGGCGGAGCCCGUGCCUCCGACAGGGCGCGCGCGCGGCCGGCGACGAUCCAGUCCACCAUACAGUCCAUCAAGGAGGUCGUCGGCGGCCACUCCGACGCGGACAUCUUCGACGCCCUCCGCGAGUCCAACAUGGACCCCAACGAGACGGCGCAGAAGCUGCUCAACCAAGAUCCAUUUCACGAAGUGAAAAGGAAAAGGGACAAGAAGAAAGAGAGUGCUGGCCAGAAGAGCUUUGCUGAUAGUACAACACAAGUUGAGCAGAACUCACAAUGGAUGAAGCCACACACACAAAUGAUUGAAAAUGAUCAAAGAAGAACUCCCAAUCAGGUUCAGAUGUCAGGUUUGCGUUUAACUGGUAACACAUGGCUUGAUGCAGGCCCUAGUCGAGAAUUUCGGGUUGUGAGGGACAACAGAUUUCAACAUGGUGUGGUGGAGAGCAGACCGGAACUAGGACACAAAGGUUCACCAAAUGUACCAAUGUCUGAUAGGAGUGGGGCUGUUGUUCAGUCUGGUCGAAACCGCUUAACAGCUACAACCUCAGAAGGCCAGAUCACACAACAAAAUGCUAAGCACAACUACAACUCUGACACACAAGUGAGGAGGGACGCUCAGGGUACUGCACAGAAGCAUGCAAAACCUUAUUUCAAGAACUCUCAGAACGAGCAGCACAUUCCAGCUUCUGACCCAGCUCAUGUGCCAUCCAAUGUCAGAGCUGCUGGAGGAAAUGUUGGACCUGUUCGACGUCAAGUUGGAGUAGUGAAUUCCACUAGGCAACUUGCUGGCCGUCCAAGUUCUCAGUUGCAUGUACCAGGUGGUUCUUAUGCAAAUAUUCAGAGGGGAAGUUUUACCCCAGCUGGGGCAUCUGGGCGUCACUCAGCUUAUGUGUCUAGAAACAUUCAACCAAACCAGAGACCUGAUACAGUGUUUCAUGGCAGAUCUGCUGGUAGAUCUUUUGUUGCCCAAAACGUCAACAGAUAUCACCAGGGUCCUACUAGCAACCAAAAAGCCAUACAGCCAACUAAGGAGUGGAAACCAAAAUCGAUAAAGAAGUUGUGCACCACUGAUGCAGAUAACAGUAUCGCUGAUGUUGUGUCCCCUUCAGCUAGCAACACUGAAAAUGAUAAUGCACAAGAUGCAAACAUCUUGUCUGAUAAAAUUUCACAAGCUAACUUGCACGAGAUGGAGCAUGUUAUUAUUCCAGAACAUCUUCGUGUGCCAGAAUAUGAGCAGACAAAACUAAGGUUUGGUAGUUUCACAUCUGGGUUUGAUGCGGACCAAAUACCGGCCUCAACCUCUCCAGACUUUGAACAACCAGAACAUGUACAAGAUCCAGUUCAACAGGUUGGCGAAGAGGAUAGUUUGAUUGCUGGACAUGAUGAGGAGGAUGAGCAAGCAAGAUCUUCACAGCACCUCUCCACAUCAACAGCUGACAUUUCCUUACCACCAUCAGAGGAUAGUGACAGAAUGAAUGGACAAGUUGAGAAUGAUGAUGGCCUAGGCUUAGUUCAGAGCGACACUCCAAUUGGGCCAGCAGAUGGCGAAAGUACCCAAAUCACCUCUACUUUGACUGCCUUUUCUACAUAUGGCCAUGAAGACCCUAAUAUGCAUUCAAAUAACGAGGCACAAUUAUACGGACUGGUGGAGCCUAAUGUACAUUCACAAGUAUUGGCUUCCUCUUCUCAGGGGUACCCUUCAGAAAAUCCGGAAGCAGCUAAUGCUGUGCAAGUGUUCCGGAUGCCGGAAUCUAAUGUUCAUUCACAAGUACUCCCUUCCACAUCCGAGGCCCUAAAUCCACAAAUUGUGAGCAGCAACCCUGUUGCAAUGUCUGCACAUCAGCAACAUAUGUCUCAGCAACAAGCAGCAGCACAGAUGUACCCUCCAAUGCAUGUGCAACAUUUUCCAAAUUUCAUGCCAUAUCGUCAACUCUAUUCUCCAGUUUAUGUCCCACCCAUGCCUAUGCCAAACUAUUCAACGAAUGUCCCUUAUCCAUCAAAUGGAAAUAAUUAUCUUCAGAUGCCAGGUGGAGGUUCACAUUUAACUGCAGGAGGCAUGAAGUAUGGGGUUUCACAGUAUAAACCAGUCCCAGCUGGUAACCCUUCUGGUUAUGGAAAUUACACUCAUCCAGCUGGUUUUACAAUUAGCUCUCCUGGUGUUAUUGGAGCUGCAGUUGGUGUUGAUGAUGUCAAUAGGAUGAAGUACAAGGACAACAACAUUUAUGCCUCAACCCCACAGGUUGAGACAUCUGACAUCUGGAUUCAGACACCAACAGAGAUUCCAACUUUGCAGUGCCCUCCAUACUACAACUUAUCAGGUCAAGCUGCACCUGGUGCUUUUGUGCCAAAUCCUGCUAAUGCAUCUUUCAAUGCUACGGCCCAAUCCUCUCAUGCACAGUUCCCAAGCUUGUACCAUCCACAGCAGCCUCCCUCUAUCGUAAGUCCGCACCCCAUGGUGCAUCAGCAGGUGCCAUCUGCGAUUGGCCCCAAUGUUGGGGUUGGUGUGGCGGCACCAGCCCCCCAAGUUGGGGCUUAUCAGCAACCACAGCUUGGUCAUAUGAAUUGGAGACCCAGCUUUUAAAGGAGGUUUCUUAAUUAUCUGUAAUUAGGGGGGUCACAAGAGCCUUUAUGUAACAACAGUAGGCUCCUUUUAACAGGAAGCACCUUUGUUUUUAGUGCAGCUCUGUCUGAUCUAUUUAAGCUAUAACAAGGUUUUGUUAGCUUUUCCUUCCCCCAGGUAAUUCAGUAUCCCAUCUGAACUGGUAUGCUGUAGAUUGUGAGUUAAACAUUGGGCAAGUUAUCGCACAAGCACGGAGGUUGAGUGCUUUC